GUCUUGGAGCGCAGUUGAACGCGAUCAGUGGAAUACAUCAUACGCCGUGAGUUACGCGGUCGCAAAAUAAAGACAACAAAUAGAAAAUAAAUUAAACUUAAAUUGUUUAAGUAAAUAAGCGCUCUUGCAAUUACAUAGGUACAUACAUACAUAUGUAUAAGUAGACGAGUAGAAACUUAAAACAAAAUUAUUGUUCAAGAACAAGAGCUACGGUGCGUAAUAAGUUGUGUAGAUAUGUAUAGUUACUACAACAACAACGUGUAUUAAAACAGGUAUCUGUAUUGACUUGCUUCUCUUUGGAUUAUACCGGUGUAACAUACACUUGUACAAGAACGUACAGUUAAAAUAUUUGCGUCUUUUCAUUUCUUUUGUUUAGAAGCUCCUCUCCAGCGCCAGUAUCCCUCCAUCUCCAGCCAGGUCAAUAUUUUUCCCUUCGUCCUGAGGUUAUGAUCAAUGGCCGAAGAUCGUGAAUUGAUCGAAAGGUAUGGCAAGCCUGUGCCAUACGAUCGAAAUUUUCGUGGUCCGGAAUGGCGUAAUCGAAGCUGUACAGAUGUGCCCUGCCUUCUCAUCUUCAUUAUCUUUUUAGCUGGUUGGGGCUUCAUCGCACAGUAUGCAGUACGAAAUGGAGAUCUCAAUAAAUUAGUUGUGCCAACCGAUUCAUUCAAUCGCAAAUGUGGCAUUGACUCAUCGGUGCUGGAUAAGAAGUAUUUAUUUUUCUUCGAUUUGGGCAAAUGCAUUGAUCCGGUUGUACCGCUCACAGGCUGUCCCACGCAGCAAGUGUGCGUCGAAAGUUGUCCCACACAGACUUUCAUUUGGGAUAGAUUGAAGGAUAGACUUUCAUUUCCAGAGCUUAAAGAACGCCUGAUAUGCCUCACAGAAGCUGAUAAAAACAAUUUGCGAGACAUAAAUGGCAUUCAACGUGCCAUCGAUAACGAACGUUGCGCAAGGUGGUACAUGAAGAGCGCACCAUUUCUAAAUCGCUGUAUGUGGGAAUUUUCACCGCAAAUGUGUGAGCUUAUACCAUCAUUUCUAUUGCCACGUAGCAGACGUGCUUCUAAUGGUUCACAAAGCGCCAGCUUAGCCAACGGUGAUAUGAGCGGUCUUAUCGAUGCGUUGAUCGACGAUAAUUCAAGUUUAUCUGAAGUGAAGAUGGAAGUGUUAGCCUUGACCGCUAUACCUGAGCCAGCUGUAAGAACAAAGCAAGAGCUGGUGGAAGAGCCCGCUAUACAAUGUCGCCGACGUACUGAACAGGCUGAGACUAUCAAGCAGAAGGUGCGUCAAGCGGAUACGCGUUUGGCGAAGUUGGUAGGCAACAUGGUUGCGCACUUCUACAACGGCACACAUGACGCGCAGCAACUUGGAGAAGAGAUUGUCGAGGACAUAAUGAAUUCAUGGUACGUGGUGCUUAUGGCGCUGAUGUGCACAUUGAUCGCCUCUUUGAUUUUGAUCGCCUUGAUGCGCUGGUUCGCUGCACCGAUUCUUUGGCUAUCGAUAUUUGGUGUGCUAGUCGGCCUUGGCUUUGGGAUCUAUUACAGCGUGAAGCAAUACCGUUUUUGGCGCGAAACAGCAACGGUGCCCAAUCAUUCACUUAACUUGGAAGCAGCCGUAAAAAAUGUGUUGCAAGAGCCUAGCACUUGGUUGUAUUUAAGCAUUUUUCUUGCCAUCAGUUUUGUCGUUAUUCUGCUGUUGGUGAUUGUAUUGCGUAGCCGCAUCCAAAUUGCUAUUGCGCUAACGAAAGAAGGCAGCAAAGCAGUCUCGAGCAUCAUCUCAACUGUCUUCUUUCCCAUCUUCUCUUGGGUGCUUUUCAUUUUGGCCGUCACAUAUGCUAUUGGAGUUGGUCUCUAUUUGGGUUCAAUUGGCGAACCUUCCUUCCGCAUGAUACGCCAACUGGACGCCAACAGCUUAACAGGUGUUACCAAUGAAAACUGUGUUUGUACUGGUCCGGCGAUUGAAUAUAAAGUAGGCGGACGUUGCGAUCCCAAAAUCUUCGAGCAGAACUGUUUUAACGCUGAUUUCGGGCAGCGUAGUCCCUGCACGCGCACCACUUGUAGUUUCGCGGAAAUCGAGCACCCACCCUUCGUUACUUGGUCCAUUGUCUACAAUGUAUUCGGUUUCUUCUGGCUGACAUUCUUUAUUGCAGCCUUCAGCGACAUGGUGUUGGCGCUCACAUUUGCCACUUGGUAUUGGACUUUCAAGAAACGCGAUGUACCAUUUUUCACCUUGGGACGCGCCUUCCGGCAGACCAUCUUCUAUCAUCUUGGCACGCUGGCGUUUGGCUCGCUAAUUCUUGCUGUAUGUCGCAUGAUACGCAUAGCGUUGGAAUAUCUCCAUUCGAAGCUAAUAAAAUACGACAAUGCGGUCACACGCGCAAUACUUUGUUGCAUGAGAUGCUUCUUUUGGCUACUUGAGAACUUCCUGCGCUUCCUCAACCGCAACGCGUAUAUCAUGUGUGCCAUACACGGCAAGAAUUUCUGUGCCAGCGCCAAAGAUGCUUUCAAUUUGAUUAUGCGAAACUUUUUGCGUGUCAUCGCUGUGGACAAAGUCACCGAUUUUCUGUUCUUUCUAUCCAAAAUAUUGCUAACAGGCGCUGCUGGCGUUGGUACCUACUACUUUGUGGUGCGUAGUCCACAUCUCAUACAGCUGCACUAUAACGCGGUGCCGGUGACGCUUGUCGUGAUUGCGGCCUUCAUAAUGACCACGGUGUUCUUUGGAGUAUACUCGAUGGCAGUGGAUACGUUGUUUCUGUGCUUUCUGGAGGACUGCGAACGAAAUGAUGGUUCAUCUGAAAAACCUUUCUUCAUGUCCAAACAGCUGAUGCGUAUACUGGGCAAACGUAAUAAGUUUCCAAGACAACGAAGCAUAUAAGCGGUUUUUAAAAAACUAAAGAUUGUUUGGAUUUGAGCUCGAUAUACCGUUAAGUUUAUUUAUGAAAAAUGUAAAUCAUGGCACAGAAAGACACUUGAAUGGAGUGAAAUUACUACAUAUGUAUGUAUGUAUGUACAAAAGAAUGUAAAGUGAGAGACGCUUUCUGAUUGUGUUACAAUACCGUUUGGUUGAUGUUAAUAUUAGAGAGUUUAUGGUAGGAUAGCUUAUGUUGAAAUUUGAAAAGGUUGUGUCGAAACCAAUGGCAAUAUUAAACAGUUAUGUACGAGUAUGUAUACUCAAAAGCUUAAUUAAGUGAUGUAAUAUGGAAUAUAACUAUGAAUACAAUACUUAUUUCAUGCCAAUAAAACAAUUUACUACUAAUGAUUUAAAUUUAUUACUUACAAACAAAUUUGUAAUUUAAAUUGUUAAUUCAUUAAAAAAAAUCGAUAUAUAUAUAUAUAUAUACAUUCAUAUAUAAGUUAUGAGUAGCUUUAAGAGCGUACGAUUUAUUCUUACCGAAGAUUAUAUUGCUUGGUGCUGCUUAAAAGUGAUUUGUAGAUAAUAACACAAAGAACUACGAAAGAGGUUCAUAAAUGAAUGCCAAAAUAUUUAUUAUUGCGAACUUAUUGUUAAUAAGUUUUAGUAAUUAUGUUCAUACACCGAUUUUCGAUUGAAUUCAUACUUUAUUAUUGAAUAAAAACAUACAUUUUAUACACAUUCA